AUGUUGCAAUUUUUCAUUGAUGCUUUAAAUUUGUGGUAUAAACAAAUUAUUUCAAUAGAUGAUAUAGAAAUAGGACAUUCUUUUAUGGUUAAAUGUUUACAAUUAGCAAAAGAGCUAUAUGAUUGUAUAUUGGAUUAUGGUCCUUUUUACGGUUUUUGGUGUUAUGCAUAUGAACAUAUGAAUGAAGCUUGGGAAUUCUUUAAGCUAUCAUUGAAAUUUGAUUUUAGAAAAAUAAUUGGUACAGAACCAAUUCCUGGUGAACUUUUCCCACCUCUUACUAUGUGUCAUUUAGAAUCAGAAUUAAUAUCACGACUUAAUCAAGUUCAUGUAAAUUCUUUAAUUACAAAGGAAAAUUUCGAAAUGUUUCCAUCAGUAGGUUGUAAAUCAGAUCUUAAUGCUAAUAUUAUUGCACAAUUUUUAACCGAGAACAAAGAAGUUGUUUGUUAUCCAGGAGUAGUUAAUUAUUAUUUUAAGCAUUCUGUAAAGCUUCCUUGGUGGAUAACAGAACAUAUUCAUUGCUAUAUUAGUUGGUUUAAAUCACAUAAAGAGAGAGAUUGGUUCCAUAUAGAAUCAGAAUUACAGGAAAAAAAAUGCAUAAUGUAG